AUGCGAGCCAGGCAAGGCGCGUUCGGCUUCGAGCGCCGGGAAAAACCAGCGGACUCCUUUGGAGAUGUUGCACGAGCGAUUGAGCUCCUGGAGAAACUACAGGAAUCUGGCGAAGUCCCUGUGCACAAGCUGCAGUCCCUCAAAAAGGUGCUUCAGAGUGAGUUCUGCACCGCCAUCCGCGAGGUGUAUCAAUAUAUGCAUGAAACGAUAACUGUUAAUGGCUGUCCUGAGUUCCGUGCCAGGGCCACAGCAAAGGCAACAGUGGCAGCUUUUGCAGCGAGCGAAGGCCACUCCCACCCUCGGGUCGUGGAACUGCCAAAGACUGACGAAGGCCUUGGUUUCAACGUGAUGGGAGGAAAGGAGCAGAAUUCCCCCAUUUAUAUCUCUCGCAUCAUUCCUGGAGGGGUGGCCGAAAGACACGGAGGCCUCAAAAGAGGAGACCAGCUGCUGUCAGUCAAUGGAGUGAGUGUGGAAGGAGAGCACCACGAGAAGGCCGUGGAGCUCCUCAAGGCUGCCAAGGACAGUGUCAAGCUGGUGGUCCGAUACACUCCGAAAGUCCUGGAAGAAAUGGAGGCUCGUUUCGAAAAGCUAAGGACAGCCAGGCGUCGGCAGCAGCAGCAGUUGCUAAUUCAGCAGCAACAGCAGCAGCAGCAGCAGCAGCAGCAGCAGACACAGCAAAAUCACAUGUCAUAGGUCCUUGAGUGCAAGCUACUUGAUCAAACAUCUGAUAGUCACAAAUUUGAAAACGUGCUUCAGAAUCCCAGCACAUAGGAAAAGGAAAAGACAACACUGCUGAUUAUACCUGUCAAGAUGCUCUGAAUACUUGGUGUAUAAAUUCUUUACCAAGGCAACUCGACACCUUCGUUCUCUGGGCAUGAACCCCCAUUAUUGACGUGCCCUUUACACACACAGGAUUCCCACUCACUGCAGUGGGAGUUCGUUGUGUGUAAAGGGAGAAGUUUUCCAGUCUGCAGACUGAAACAGUAUUAGCACAAUAAAGUCUGUGACUUUUGAAUAGAUCACUGGGGCCAGGAUUAAGUGAAUCUUGGUCUAAAGCGUUUCCAGAGAUGAACAAACCCCUUGUUAGGCUAUAGUUCAAACUGCAUCAGUUCAAGGUUGCUGCCACUUAUAAGAAACCUAUACAUUGCCCCUUACCCUGAUAUAGCUGGGUUGUCUGCAUUGGAAUUCCAUUUAAUUACAAAUUCAUCCUUACUCCCCUCUUGAAAAUGGCAAGUGAUGAUACUAUAUUUAUACUUAAUUCAGGUUUUAGGAACAGUUGGCUUUUUAUUUUGGAGUUCCUUAGACUUUAUUGUGAAUUAAUAGAGUCGAGCCAGUUUAGCUCAACUUUUAGUUUGUUAGAAACAAGGAUAGAGCACUCUAGGACUGUAUUUUUUAUUUAAGUAUCGCUAUUAUUAUUAUUAAUUCUAACAGAAUAUAAUAUAUAUUUAUUCCACACAAUAUAUAUUAUCAGAAGUUUAUUUGUUACAAAUGUAGGUCCUCUUCUUACCGUGUGUUAGGAAUUCGGUAAGGGAUGCCUAGCAAAGGCCCUAGCUGCAUUGAACUUGUCCUCAUGUGAUGCAUAGAACCCGAUCCUCUGUAUUUUACUAUUGUUGUUUUAUAUUUUUUGAUUGGUAAAUGCUGGGGAAUUCCAGUCACUUUCUACACUGAUGUGCUUUCCGAAAAGUCUGACAUAUUACAACUUAGGCCUUUAUAACACCAAAUGACAAUAUAUGAGAGCAUAUAUACAAAUAUAAAUAUAUAUCAUACAAAGUUUAGAUCCAUUUCUCCAAAUAUAAAGGGGAUAGUCUUGGCAUUCUGAGACCAAUAUAUUAUUCUUAAGAUGAAGCAUUGACAACCAGUGAUAUCCAUAUUGUAAAUGAACAGAGGUUGCUUCCUUUAGAGGAAAAAGAUGCCAACUUAACUGCACCUAUGUAUGUAGGUAAACAGACAGAUAACAUCCUGCAGAAAAUGUCACUUACCAAAAAUGGUGUGUUUAAAACCCCUUAUACAGACUCCAACUAUUGGUUUGUGAUAAAUCUGGGCAAAUAAGUUGAUUUUACUUUAUGGAAUGAAGAAGAAGCAACCUUUAUUUGGGCAUUUAAAUACUUAAAGCACACACAAAAAAUGCUCUUGACACAAGAUGAAAUAUUUGCAAUAGAGGAUUAACACUGAGAUGAAUAUUCAAAUAUCCCCUAUUCUCAAAUGUAGAAAUUAAUUUCAAUGGAUGAAAUAAAUUUGACAUUUCAGACAGUCUACCUAAUUAGAAACUUUUGAGGUUGAGGUUAGAAGCUCUCCUUUUGGAAAUAAAGCAAAACCAGUUAGAGCUACCCAGCGCUUUUUGGUUUUUUGGUCCUUGUGGAUGGCACUCUUUUCAAUACCAAGUUCUACCUGCUCUUCAUUGUAGGUCAACCACCAGAAACCAUUGAAACUAAGAAGUACACCUAUUUCAACAAGAUCCCAAGAUUCCCAUCCUUCAAAACAUACUUUUUUUUAAGAGAGACUUGCGUGUGAGGAUCCUGUAUGUUGUGUACCAGGUGUGUACAAAAGAGAGAAACACAAUGAAAGGGAAUGAAUGAAUAGAAAGUAUGUCAGUGUGAUCCACGUUGAGAGAAGUAGUUCCCAUUUUUAUAAGAAGAACUUAAUAAAACAUAUAUUUUAGUUAUCAUUUAACAAAUGCUGAAGUGUUAAAGCUAUUCAAGCAAUGCCACAAUAUUCUCGUGAAGGGAAGUGUACACCCUCAUAUUGAGAAAAUGGUCACUUCAACCAUUUCACUACAUUGUGUGAAUGUGAGGCAUAAGAUGGAGAUGUUUUUAUGUAGCACAAAGUUGUUUGGUUAAAAUUAAAGUUAUCCAUAUAUUUUCAUACCAAUGCAAAUAUUAUUAUGGUCUUACAGAAGCAGCUACAAAGGAGCAGAUGCCUUCUAUUUUGUGUGUUCUACAAGUCUUUGCUAAUUCCUGCCCACUCCCAUAAUGUCAAAUGCUGAUACAUGUAUUCCAAGUUGUUGAUCAAAAUGAAGGAGCACCCAUCACAUACAAAUGAAUGGCAAAAGAGCCAGUUUUCAUCAAUAGAAUUUUGAAGUUACUGACCUUCAAGCCUUCACCUACACUUUUGAUCAGAGAAUUAGGCUCCUUGUGGCUCUCUACGCUUCACUGGCGUUGGGGCUUAUGGGAAGGGAAAAACGAAGAAAAUAAAGAAGUACCAUAAUUUAUAUUAAUGCUCUUUAUUGUUAAAAGUCAUAUGUGAGCCACUGACAUGCCAAAAAUCAUAUUAAGAUUUAAAAUAAGCACACCAGAUGGCUCUUACUGACCAAUCGUUACACACAAAUCAGGUCAUCGAUGUGGAGGAAAACAAUGUGUGACUUUAUUGGUGAAUUUCUUUUAUCAUCAGAGGAGCUCUGAUGGUGCCGACAGGUAAGCUGGGACGUUUGAAACCAUCGGCCACUCUUCAGGAGAGCGAUGAGGCUUCAUUCAUACUGCUGUAAAGAUCUAUGAUUUCAGAAUCCCCCAGGGGCCGUGUUACUCUAUAGGGUGGAGUGAGGUGGCUCCACUGUGCAGCAGUGAGUUCUUUAUGCUGAUGAAUUGGUGACUUCUUUCCGUCGAUCAGAGUGAUGGCCGCUAGGAUGCCGUUUGUCCUCAACUCUUUGCUGGUAUAAUAUUAAGGCCAAUGCACAAAGCCUACUUUAGUAAAAGAAAGCCGGAACCUUCUGGUUAGAGCAUUCAUGCUUUGAUAGUGUUGCUAUUUGGAAUAGAACAUCUGCAGGGAGAUAAUGAGCUUAAAUGACAAUUGACUUUGCAAAGAAUAACAGACUUUUGUGCUUCCUCAAUCAUGUAAUCAAUAGGAAAUUCUCUGUUAUGUGAAUUACCACUAUCUUUAAAGACCAUUCUAAGAUCUAAAUGCAGAAUCUAGUGUUCAGAGGCUUUUGUUUUCUCAGUCACUCCAGGCUGUCUCUAAGGAACUUGGCUAGAGAUGGAUGACACCAAUUACCAAAUGCAGUUUUCAGCAGCAACGAAUCAAACUGAUGUUGUCUCAUUUCAUUUUACUCAGCUGUGUCUAUACAACUCUGAUACACGGGAAUAUUUUGUCUACAUCAUUUUAGACAUCUCGAUAUUUGUGGAUAUGUGAAUAAGGCCUGAAUUGCUCAGAUUUUAGCUAGUUUGUGUUUGUCAUACAGACCCAGUCUGUUGGUAAAGCCAGACUUAAGCAACAUUGUAAAGCAGAAAUCAACACCCUGAAAAUUCAAGAAGGCCUCCACAUAAAAAGAUCUCCCCAAAUAUGAGUAGCUGCCUCCCACCCCCAUCUGGUUUCUGCCUAGAUGACAAAUCCAUAAGAAAAAGAACUGUGACUGCCUCGUUAACUGCUGUCUCCCUGGUGGCUGUGCCUAGUGCCGGCCAUCGUCGGCAGUCCAUGUUUGUUGGGUGACUGAACAGGUAGGACAAAAAGCCGACCAUUUCGCAGAUCUUAGCAGUCUCUAUCUUAGAGAGUGUCUUUAAUUUCCAAACAUCAUGUUAACACCAGAAUUGAGUCUUGAUGCAUAUUUUCGGGUUUAUAAAUUUGGAAUGAAAUUACUUCAAAAAUUUCAAGGAUUUCAGGACAUUCAGAUAAGAAUAUCUGGAGAUUUAGAGACCUCCUUGAAGUGAAUGGUCUCCACUUUUGUAAUCGUAUAAGAGAGCAGAUUGCAUGUUUUACAGGGGGGGUUUCAAACAUAGUGCCGCUAUAAGUCGCCAUUGAGUUGAUAACAGUGAAUUUGGUUUUUUUCUUUCAAACAUCAAACCGUUUCUAAAUUUUGAUUCCAACAUAGAACUCUGUUGUCCAUUUUAUUAAAUGAUUUAUUCUGUAAAAAAUGAGGAAAAAGUAUUUCAUUAUGGAUAUCAUAAAUGUUCCUUUCAAAAGUAUCAACAACUUUCCUCUAAAGAAUUCCAAGUAAUUAGUUAUAGCAUCCCCAAAUUUUCUUCUGCUUUCAAAAGGCCACUUUUCCCUUCAUAUCUGACUCUUUCCAUGUACCUGAGUUAAAGUUGAAUCGCAUACAUUUAAGACUUUCCCCUGUGUUCAUUCAUUUAAUGAAUAACUACUGUGCACAUCCCAGGUGCUCAAUUAUGGAACUACAUAUGGAAACCAGAUGAGCAUCCCCCUGCAUUGAGCUUAGUGUGAGGGGCUGAGGGGUUCUUCCGUUUCCUCUAGCCGUAGCUAGAAUCUCCUGUUCACUGGGUCUCCAUCACCUCUGAUACAAAUGAAUGAAAUCCCCUAGCCCCAGGAAAAUGUGCCCAGAUUAAUAUGACAUUGGUUUCCUAAGCACACCAUUCAAAAAUUCUGCUCAAUUUGUCCACAUACCACAGUUACCGCAAACCCCAGUGAUGUAGGUAAAUAAUGCUUAUUUCAUAACUGAAAUUUAUUAGGUGCAUACUAUAUUCUAUCUCCUGUGCUAAACACUUUCUUGGUUUAUCUCAUUUGAUCCCUUCAACAAUAAGUAGUUUCUAGUUUAGAUAAGAAGACAAGCACAGAGAUGUUAUGUGGAUUGCCCAAGGUUACACUGGUAGCGAGUAGCACUACAAUUUAAACCCAUGCAGCCUAACACAAUGCACCCCUCCCUUAUGCUAGUCUGUACUUUGGGGGGCAUCAUUAAAAAUGAUUCUCUAUAACUGUCUAAAAUGCAUAGAUGAUUUGCUGUGUAUGACAAUAUUUUGAAAAUUGCAAUAUGAAAGGUUAUUAAAGUAUUACUCGGAAAAAUCACAUCAGUGGCAGAAACUGGGUUGGAACUCAAUCUCAUGUUACAGCUUCAGCUCAUGAAAAAUAGUUCAGGCCAGAGAUGUGGAUAAAAACAAUGGUCCGGAAAACUUAUGGCAUGUUAUAGUUAUUUGAAUGGCUUUUUGGAAUUACAUGUUGAUAGCCACUGUGUGUAUUUGGUGCUACAAAAACUGAAAGAAACAAAUCCCCUGCUAUAAGGGCUUAUAAUAAAUACACAGUGUGCAGAUGAGCCCAAGGUAUUUUACAUACAUGGAGCAGGAUUGGGCAAUGGUCCUGGUUUCUCCUUGUCGCAUGUGCAUCAUGUUUCCAAUUGUUUUCAUUAUUUCUUCUGAAAGAGCUGCGAAUUGUGCAGUGGUUCACCCUGACCAAAGUGGUAUUAUGCUGCUGGGAAGUAAAAGUAUUAGACACCAGA